CGACGAUGACAUCGUAUCUCACCCUGUAUCAGGGCGCCAUCCCCAUCUCGUCACCGCGCCUCGCCAUGUGAUCGUCUUGCCGUUCGAGGGCACAUUCGGUCAUGAGCGAUUUAUGCGUGAGCGUGUGCGCGCGAGAAAGAUGCAUUGACCAUCGUUGAAAUUCGCUUUUUUCUACGCGUAUUGGGGCGGAAUAUAUUUCUCACCAAUGAUUUUUCUACGACGAUUACGAUGAUUAUUAAAUCUCUGCGAGCGUAGCGAUCGAGAGAGACUGAUAUAUCGAAGAGCGACGUGAGAAAUGGCAGGGCACGUCGGUGGACGGAACCACGUGCGAGCAAUCAAUGGCAAAGAAAACGAUAGGAUUUUUCUGCCAUUCUUGACGACGCGGUGUUGAAGUUAAAGGGCUACUCUUGGUGCGUGGAAACGAUAGUGCUUACGGAGCAUGUGAGACAAUGCGGUGGUGUAGUGAUCCUUGCGAUCUCCUGCGGCGCGAGUUCUUCGUCCUCCUCGUUCUAAUUGGCUGCAGCGAUGGCUAUCUCAAUAUAUUCAUCAGUCAGUCUCAGGUCAUGAAGCUCUUAGGACUCGAGGCCGAGUUGUACUACGUGCGGGAGGGGGUGGUCAACACGUACGCGAUGAAUUUCGUCGUUCCUGUGCCGGCGAACAUAGCGGACCUAGAAUUUUCAUGGCAAAGCCUCGUAGGACACCCGUUACCGUAUUCCAUGGAGCUGGAUUAUGACGUGGUGGGAGUGCUGGGAGGACCGUCCUCCGGGAUGAUGGCGUUGCUGCCACCGAGAGUAAACGUCUCCGCGAGGGGGGAGGUUCCAGUCACCCUGCAAGUCUUCAGGAUCAGAUUGCCCUGCUCGGGGGUCGUUAGCGCCGAAAUACCUCUGGCGUUGAGAUUGAAUGUCACCGCGCCGCCUGGCACUAGAUACAAUGACACCGUCUUGGUCUUCAAGAGGAACAAGAUCUGCUUGAAAGGUGUCGAGACUCCUCCCAGCAACGAUUCGGUGCGUUUGGAGCCCGAUCCGCUCGUGAACGGUGCUGGUGCACUUUAUGUCGCAGCUACUUGUGCAUGCGCUUUAAUUCUUGUCGUCGGCAGUGUCGCCAGUGCGUUAUACAUUCGCAACAGCAAGGCUCGCGUUCAAGAAUCGCAGAAAACUCUGCCCUGCUGCAGUUACUCGGCGGCAGACACCGGCGGCCUGGCGAGAAGUUCCGUCUUGGUUAGAGUCGACCCGCGGCCCGGAAGCGCGAAUUCCGGAAGUUACGCCACCAUCGCCGACCUCGAGCCGCUGUACGCGAGGCCGUGCGGUUCCAGAGCGAGUUACUACGCGGCCAGCCAUGUGACGCAUCUCAGCCAGUCAACCGAUCCAUGUGAGAAGGCCAGAGCACUCGCGAUAUCGAGAUCGGCAUUGUAUUGCCGUACCCUCAUACAGGAAGGUACUUUCGGUCGCGUAUACAAAGGAACUUUAGAAUUGGCUGGACGGGAACAGGAAGUCAUCAUAAAAACUGUCACAGAAGUUGCAUCCGCUUACCAGGCGUCUCUUUUGGUGGUUGAGGGUUCGCAACUGGCUGGAUUAGUUCACUCAAACAUUGCCUCUUUGGCAGCUGCUUGUCUGGACAGUUCGUGUCCUUUGUUGGCUUACACAAGUACACCCGGUGAACUAAAUCUAAAGGUCUAUCUUACCGAUGGAAAUCAUCAUCCAGUGACUAGAGAUUUGGUACACGUUGGAGCACAAGUUGCUAGAGCUGGAGCAUUUCUCCACGGACGAGGACUAUUACACAGGGAUAUCGCUGUCAGAAAUUGUCUAAUCGAACCGAGCAGUCUUCGCGUGAGAUUGGCUGACGCUGCCUUGGCUCGAGAUCUUUUCCCUCAGGAUUACCAUUGUCUCGGUGAUAACGAGAACCGACCUAUACGUUGGAUGGCUUUGGAGAGUCUUCAGCGCAAUGAGUACAGCACGGCAACCGACGUGUGGUCGUUUGGAGUUUUCCUCUGGGAACUGGCGACACUGGGUCAGCAGCCAUACGUAGAGGUGGACCCGUUUGAGAUGAUGGCAUGUCUUCGAGACGGAUAUCGACUUGCUCAGCCGAGACCUUGUCCCGAUGAGCUAUUCGCCUGCAUGGAAGCCUGCUGGCUCGGUCCUUCCAGGGACCGGCCGACCAUGCCUCAAUUGCUCGCCUAUUUGCAAGAUUUUCAUGAUGCGCUAGGCGGAUUCAUUUAAAUCGUCCGUCCGCGAUCGACAGCGUAUGAUGCACGGUUCAGAUUUCUGCACACACGAUUGAUUAAAAAAUUCGUUUGAAAUCUCGUAUCGCCGAAUAAGUAUAACCAAAGUUAUAGCGAUCCGAAAAGCCAUAACGCCGAAAGUACGUCCAUUAAUCAAAUUGAAGAACUGAAGAGAGAAUAGAAUCAAAUUCGGAAAGAAUUGAACGUCACUGCCCAUUUGCGACAUACUGCCCUUAACUAUACACUGCCCUUAACUAUACUGCCCUAUAAAUACAUCAGGUUUGACAUUUAUAAUGUUAUUAAUUUUACCAGCUGAUCAGGAAUCAAAAUAGAAUAUUAUCGUCGUUCAAUCGAUGAGAGAGCUAGCGAAGGCAGAAAUUAAAACAAUCGGCACGGACAUAUCCGUCCAAUUAGAGCGCGCGUUUGCGUAUAUUUUGGGUCUCGUAUUUAAACGAAUUAUGCGCCAAACACGGGUUAUAUAAUAUUUCAAAAGAGCUUCAUCUUUGACAUUAUUAAAUGAAUGAUUUAAAAUGCAUCUUAUGAUGAAGAAGGUUUGAUA